AUGCAACAAGAAACAUCGGACGGAUCGUACUUGAUACGUGAAGGAAAUCCUUCAGAUGCUCCCAAGAUCACAGAAUUUAACAUCAUGAUGGCUCUCGAGACCGAAGGCAUUCAUUUAGAUCGAGAAAAAGCUACCCGUGGUGUCAUCACUCUUUUUGAAAAACCGGAGAAGGGUCAAUAUUUUGUGGCAAUUCAUAAGAAUGGAUCCGAAGAGACGGUGGUUGGUGCUUGCUUAGUUACCUAUGAGUGGAGCGACUGGCGGUGCACUGAUUAUUGGUGGAUGCAAAGUGUAUAUGUUGCUAAAGAGCACAGGAGGCGAGGAGUUUUUUCACAUUUAUUCAAAUACGUAGAAAAGAAAUGCAUUGAAGCAAAAAGUGCAUCUUUUAGGCUCUAUGUUGACAAGAAGAACGCAAAUGCAAAGAACACUUAUUUAAAAUUAGGAAUGCAAGAAUCUCACUACGAAAUGUAUGAAAAGAAUUUUUACGAAUGA